AUGCUUGUGUUGUUUACUUCAAUAUGUUUUUCAUCUUCACCAAGCUGUAGCUUUCAAAACACGAUUUUAACAAAUAUCACAGUGUCAAACACGUGCUCAGCAUUUAAUAAAAUAACCAUUGGUAGUAAUACAUCUUUGGAUGUUAUUCAGCUCAAAAUAUUAUCAAACGCAAAUGUUCAAAUGUAUGAAAUUGUAAAUUGUGUGGGUAACGGUUCAAUUGUACAAUAUAGUUAUUCGAGAAUGAACUUAAAAAAAGAAACCAAUUUUUACAAUACAGCCAAAUUAGAAAUGAAUGAAAAUUCUCAAUUAACAAUAAAUAAUAAAAUUAAUUUUUGGCAUUAUUCACAAAUAACUUUUAAAGACAGAGCCAUUCUAAAUAUUUUAAAGGAAUUCUAUAUUAAUGACUAUGUUACUGUUGUUUUGCAUCAUGAAACAAUUAUUAAUACUGCAUAUUUGUUUUAUUUAACAGAUCAUUCCAUUUUUACAAUGAACGAUGAUUCGAUAAUACACACAUUAAAUUAUUUAUAUAUUUAUGGCGCGACUUUAUUAAUGAACUCGUAUACUAAAAUAAUCGGACUUGAAUAUUUAAAUGUUUUCAACAAAGCACAAGUAACAUUGAACGACCACUCUGAAAUUAACAACAAUUUGUUUAUAUUUAAAUUUGAAAAUUCAUUUUUAACAUUGAACAAAUUUUCAAAAAUUAACAACAUAAAUGAUUUUAAUGUUAUAAAAGGAAGCAUUUUAACAAUGAAUGGAAUAAAAGAUACCCCACAAAUUACAACAAAUACGUUACGAUUUAAAAGUGGUGUUAAACUCAAUAUUGCUGGUAAGUCUUUAAUCAGUGUCAAUACCGAAUUUGUGUUUGUCGAUUCAAUUAUUAUUGUAAAUAACAGAGAUAUCAGAGAUCUUCCUGUUGUUUUUUAUUCUAGUUCAAAAGAAUUGGAUAUUAAAAACUCAAAAAUACAAUCAGAUUCUGAUUUUGAUGUUAUAUGUUCGUGGAUGGCAAUAUCCAUAACAAAUAUUUUCCCAGGAACGAAAUUGUUAUUGGGAGGUAAAUUACUGAGAUAUGGUACCUCUAAUAAAAUCUUUUGUCAUGUUGAGGACGUGAUAAACAAAAAUGUAAAGUACAGCGAAUUUUAUUGUCCAUGUGAUGACAUGGAAGAUUGGUAUAUUACUCCACUUCCAAAUAUGACAUCGUUAUAUGUCAAAAUUAACUCACCUAAAACAAGUUCAAAAACACGCUUUAUUCGUAGCGACGAGUUUUCAUCUGAAAGCGUUACAAUUGGAAACACACAAAUUUCAUUUUACAAAAGUGACAGAGUUAUUCUUGGUAUUUCAAUACCAGAAACAGUUGUUAUGAAUUCGUUUACAUUGACAAAGACUGUACUUGUAGUUUCAAAUACAAAAUUAAUUUUUGAAAACAAACAUUUUAAUGCGGCAAUAAACAUCAACCAAAAAUUCAAAAUACUUGUUAUACAUUGCACAAAAGAAAUAUACAACAAAACUUCUCAACAGUGUGAAGACCCGACUAUCUGUGAUGAUGUGAAUUGUAAAUAUUGUCCUCUCAAUAAAAACAAUUGUAUUACAUGCAAAAAUCAUUUUUCUUUUGACAAUUCGAAGUGUGAACAAAUUGCAAAUUGUGAAUUAACUUUUUCAAAUAGGUGUUUAAAAUGUCUAACUGGUUUUUUGUUAAGAGAUGGAUUGUGUGUAAGUGAUGCGACGUGUUUACUUGUUCAAUUUGAUGGAAAAUGCCAAAUAUGCAACAAAAACAAUGGGUAUAUAUACAACAAUGGUGAGUGUGUAAAAAGUGAUAUAAAUGGUGAGGUGACAACUAAUAACAACGUUGUUUCUUGUUACAAAGGUUUUGGAACCAACUCUACAAAUUGUUUGAAAUGUAAUGAUUUAUACAAAAAAUCAGAAUUGUGUGAAAACGGAAAAGUGACUAAGUGUGACAGUUCGAGUAAAAUGGACACAAAUGGAAUGUGUAAAAAGAAUACUUGUGAAACUCCAAACGACCAAAAUGGUAGAUGUACAACAGCAAUUGAUAAUUGUAUAUUUCUAUCAAAUGGUAAAUGCAAUGAAUGUGAAAACGGAUACAUCUUACAUAAUAAUAAAUGCAACAAAAACGGAGAAUCGAAUUGUAUUACUCAAAAAAAUUUUGGGUGUUUGAUUUGUAAUAAUACUUUUUAUCUUGAUGAGUUAACAAAACAAUGUGUAAGUUGUGAUUCAAGUUGUUUGACUUGUGUUGAAACAUCAACAAAAUGUCUCAGCUGUCCACCUAACAUGUAUCUAUCAAAUUACAAAUGUAACACAAACAAUGAGUUAAAAAUGAAAUGUGACCGAUAUGCAAGUUUUGGGAGUGGCUGUGUUGUGUGUAAAGAUGGGUAUUAUAGAGUUGGACUUGAUUGUUUUAAAUGUGAUCAAAAAUGUAAGACAUGCAAUAACAAAUAUAGUUGUCUCACUUGCAACUCAACAAAUUACAAAACAAAUGGCGGUGACUGUCUGCCACAAAGUGAUAUCGUUGGAUGUGCUGUGAAUGUCACACAAAGCGGGUGUUUAAAGUGUCAAGAUGGGUAUCAUAUAGCCAACACAAACGAGUGUCAAAAAUGUAAUGACAACUGCAACACGUGCACAACAACAAGAAACAAAUGCACUUCUUGUGUAAAUUCACGUGUGUUGCUUGCAAAUAAAAGUUGUGUUGGUCUAUCACAGGUAUCGAAAUGCAAAGAAAUUACACAUUCAAAGUGUUCAAAAUGUUCAUUCUGGUACUCUCCAAUCGAAGAUGGCACGUUGUGUGAGUCACGGGCUGUUUGGUGGGUCAUUCUUGUUGUGGUUUUGUUUGUUCUUAUUGUGUUUGUCAUACUGAUUAUAUCAAUUAUUGUUGUUACAAAGAUCAUUCUUAACAAACUCCACACACAUGAAAUUGAAAAGACGAUAACACUUUUUAAUAUGAACAAAUCGAACAUCAAUUUUGUCCCUCUUCGAGGUGGUGUCAGUGUUUCUUCAACUGUGAUAGACUUAAAUUCGGACAUCGAGCAGAUUGAAGUUAACAAAGAGACUCGGCAAGUGUUGUGUGUAGGUAACACAAACAAAAACGCCACCAAAAUCCAAUUUACGAUUUCAUCAAACAUCACAAAGUUUACAAUUCGUGUUGAUCCAGAAGUUGUCACACUUAAAAGUAACUUUGCAUGCGAGUUUUCUGUAUUUGUCAAGCCAUUGUGUUCUUGUAAAAUCAACAACACAAUUCAAUUGGUUUC